GGAGUUUCACGGAAGUCAGAGUAAACCGAGUUCCUCCUCACUUCUGAUCGAAACCUGUAAAUGACCAUAUCAUCGUUAUAGCUAUAAUGAGUGAUGCAAGAACCCAGCGUGGGCGCAGAGAGGAGCAAGGAGGGGGUUACAGACACAAACAACAACAACAACAACAACAUCAACGUUCACGACCAUCCUCCACCAACAGGUCCCAGUAUAACUCCAGAAACCAGUCAUCCUCUUCCCAACACAGGAGAAGGCAGACUUCAGAAGAAGGGCAUGGAUCAUCAUGUACACACAUCUUCUCCAGGAGGGGUAUUGUGCUAAUGUGUGCAUUUCUCUGCAACCUGCUGGUGUUGUUCUGUCUCGUAGCUGCUUAUAUCACCUUAUCAGGCAUGUCGGCUAUGAAUUUUGGAAGCGGGAGUUUUGUCGACGUUGUUAUCCCGUUUGAAGGCACAGAGCUUCAGCAGGUGCGUGAUCUUGACAUGCAGUUUUCACAAAUGAGAGCUCCUGGAGUGUACGGCGGUCUGGCUUUCAGCAUCGCCUUCGGCGUGGCCUCGCUCUUAUUUGCCAUGUCCGGCAACAAGCCUGCUCAUAUGCUUUCACUGAAGCUCCUGAUUGGUCAGCUUGCAUUCCAGGUGAUUGGAGCAGUGGCUUAUAUCAUUGCAGUGGGUCUCUAUCUACAUUUUGUGAUCAAAGUCAACUCGACAGACGUGUGUACAAUGCGAGCACGACUUUACGGGCGUAACGGACAGACUUGGAUGAACUGUAACGUGAGUGGCGCGGAUGGAGCUGUGGCAUUGUUCGGAAUCAUAGCAGGUAUUUUGUACGCGCUGGGAGCUUUUUUUACUUUUAGAACAAUUCAAAGCGUGAACCGUUACAACGAGCAUGUUCACUAUGAAGCAGAGAAACGUAAACGACCAGAGAGUACCCAGGACACACCUUUACAGUCAGGCAUCUAUAUCUGAGCUACAGAGCAAAAAUGAGAAUAUUUUUUUUUUUAACCUUUUAUAACAAGCAUGUGGUAAACUUAUGAAACAGAAAACAGUAGUAUCUUUUUUUAUUCAUGUUUAUAACCUGUUGUUGCCACACAAAAUGUGAAUCAGUAAUUUUAUGUUUUUAAAAUGUAAAUAUGUCAAAGUAAAUGCUAAUUUUUAGAUCUUAUUUUAAAUUUAAGUUUUAUUUUAUAUCUAAUAUUUUUACAUUUGUCUGCUAAAUAGUCACUAAUUCUUCUGUAUUGCUUUAUGCCCUUAAUGUUGUAUCCAGCAGGAGGCAGCAUAAACUUGAUAUACACAAUGUAUAUAUUUUUACUAGUGUUGUUUAAAUAUUUUUCAAACACCUGUUAAAUAAAUUAAUAAAAGUAAUUAAACAGUA